CACAAAGGUUUUGCCUCAGGCACAUUUAUGCAAAUUUCCAAACUGCUGGGCACAGGGGUACUAAUCUAAAGAAAUUGAUGGAUAAUGCUGCUUAUUCAUGGAACAAAAACUUCUUUGAUGCUCACAUGGCUGAUUUGAAAAAAGAGAGUGAAAGUGCAUGGGAAUGGUUGAGCAACAUACAUCCUAAACACUGGGCCAGAUGGGCAAUGGACACUACAUGCAAGACAGAUUUAGUAGUCAACAACUUGAGUGAAGUUUUUAACAACUAUAUCCUGGAUGUUAGAGAUAAACCAAUUGUCACCAUGAUAGACAGCAUAAGAACUAAACUACUGGUUAGGUAUGCCAUAAAUAGGGAAGGUAGAGCUGAUUGUGCUUGGGAGAUCACACCAACUUAUACCGAAAAACUAGAGUUGGAGAAAAUGGCAGCCAAACCAUGUAGGCCAGUUCAUGCAGGGCAGGGACUGUAUCAGGUAGCAAGUGGAGAGAGAACAUAUGCAGUCAACAUUGUCGCUAGGACCUGUGGAUGUAGAAAGUGGGACAUCACAGGGGUGCCUUGCAAGCAUGCAGUGUCUUGCAUCUAUAAGAGGAAGGAGCACCCAGAAGAUUAUAUCGGUGACUUCUUCAAAAAACAUAUGUACCAACUUGCAUACAACAACAUGAUCUAUCCAGUGCCUGACAAAAGUGGUUGGACAAAGACUGACACAAUAGACAUUGAUCCCCCUAUUUUUACAAGGCAUCCAGGUAGACCAAAGAAAAAUAGAAGGAAGGGAAUUCAUGAGGUGCCACAGCCCAGUGGAAACAAUAGGAUGACAACCACAACCUGCUCAAACUGCAACCUACAAGGUCACAAGUACACACACUGUGCUCAACCUUUGAGGCCUGACUUGGAGAUUAGGAGAAAUAAGCACAAAAGUAAUAGAAGGAUACCUGACUAUGUUAUAGCACAAGAGGAGGAAGAUGUGGCGCAAGAGGAGGCAUAUGUUGAACAAGAAGGGCUUGGCCAACAAGAGGAGUAUGUAGCACAACUAGAAAAGACAAUGGAAGAACAACUAGAAGAACUAGCAGAGGCGCCAGAGAGAGAAGUUGCAGAGAAAGAAGCUCAAAUUGCGGCCAAGCAUGCUGCCCAGGUGGCUGCACAAAGAUCAGCUGUUGCAGCCAAGAAAGCAGCUCAAAAGGCACUUGCAGCAGCUAAGAGGGCUGAACAAAAAGCAAAAACGGCAGCACUUCAAGCAGAUCAAAGAGCACACGCGGCAACUCAGUUGACAACUGAGGAGUGUGAAGGAGCACAAGAACAAGUAGCAGAAAGAGUAAGAUUUGUGCCAGCACCAAGAGGUGGAAGAGGAGCGACAAGAGGUGGAAGAGGAGGAAGAACAACAACUACAAGUGGCAGAACAUCAGCAACAUCUGCAAGAGGUGGAAGAACAACAUCUGCAAGAGGUGGAAGAACAACAUCUGCCAGAGGUGGAAGAACAACAUAUGCAAUUUUACAACCAACUCCAAUAAACAUGCCUUGGCAUCCUCCUGGCCCAAGCACUGGUGGAGGCAGGGGCAUGGAAAAAAUGCCAGUCACAAGAGGCAGGGGCACAUCAACAAAUGGCAGGAUGAUGGGCUACUUCACAGCCAGUGGGAACUACUAGGAAGAAU